GCUGCCAUGGACGCGCUAUGCCGGGCCGAACCCCGGCCCCGCCGACCCGCAGCCGCGUCUCCGCUGCCUUGGUCCCGCUUCUCCGCAUGGUUGGAUUGCGUCUGCGUGGUCACUUUCGAUCUGGAGCUGGGCCAGGCCAUGGAGUUGGUGUAUCCUUAUGACUUCAGAUUAACAGAGAAAGAGAAGACCAGUAUCUGCUACUUGUCCUUCCCUGACUCCUACUCAGGUGGCCUUGGGGACACUCAGUUCAGCUUCCGCCUGCGCCAGUCUGGAGGGCAGAGGAGCACUCACUAUGAGGACGAUGGCGAGUACAACAGAGAAGCACCCCUCACACUGCAGAGGGAGUCGGCGCAUUACUUUGGUUACGUAUACUUCAGGCAAGUCAAGGACAGCUCGAUGAAGAGAGGUUAUUUUCAGAAGUCUCUGGUGCUGGUGUCACACCUUCCGUAUGUGAACUUGUUCCAGUCGUUGCUGCAGCUGAUUGCUCCGGAGUACUUUGAUAAACUGGAGCCGUGCCUGGAGGCAGUGUGCAAUGAGAUCGACCAGUGGCCGCCUCCGGUGCCGGGACAGACGCUGAACCUCCCAGUGAUGGGGGUUGUCAUUCAGGUGAGAAUCCCAUCCAGGGUGGAUAAGCCAGGAUCAAGCCCAGUGAAGCAGUUCAAUCAAGAGAAUCUCUUACCAGCCCCACUGGUUCUCCCAAGUGUUCAUGAACUGGAUCUCUUCAGGUGUUUCCAGCCAGUGCUGAUUCACGUCCAGAUGUUAUGGGAGCUGAUGCUGCUGGGGGAGCCAAUUGUGGUGAUGGCACCAUCCCCUACAGUUUCUUCUGAAAUGGUUCUGGCUCUCACCAGCUGCCUGGCUCCCUUGAGGUACUGCUGCGACUACCGCCCCUAUUUCACGAUCCAUGACAGUGAAUUUAAGGAAUACACCACCAGGACACAAGCCCCGCCAAACAUUGUUGUGGGAGUCACGAACCCUUUCUUUAUCAAAACACUCCAGCACUGGCCACACAUCCUUCGGGUUGGGGAGCUCAAAAUGUCAGGUGACCUGCCCAAGCAAGUCAAGGUGAAGAAGCUAACUAAACUAAAAACCCUAGACACAAAACCAGGAAUCUACACUUCUUACAAAACGUUUCUUCACAAAGACAAAACUCUGAUAAAAAGAUUGUUAAAGGGCAUCCAGCGGAAACGCCCGUCUGAAGUGCAGAGUGCCCUUCUGAGGAGGCACCUCCUGGAGCUCACCCAGAGCUUCAUUAUUCCCCUGGAGCACUAUAUUGCAAGUCUGAUGCCUCUGCAGAGGGCCAUUACUCCGUGGAAAAAUCCCCCACAGAUUCGUCCUUUCCGACAAGAUGAUUUCAUGAAGACCCUGGAGCACGCUGGCCCCCAGCUUACCUGUGUCCUUAAGGGUGACUGGUUGGGUCUCUACAGGCGUUUCUUCAGGUCUCCCAACUUUGAUGGCUGGUACCGUCAGAGGCACAAGGAAAUGACCCAGAAGCUGGAAGCCCUUCACUUGGAGGCCAUCUGUGAAGCGAACAUCGUGGCAUGGAUGAAGGACAAGUCAGAGGUGGAGAUCGUAGACCUGGUGCUAAAACUCCGUGAGAAGCUGGUGAGAGCCAGGUGCCAGCACCUCCCCGUAAAGGAGGAGACCCUGCGGCGUGUGGGCCUUUACAUUGAGACCAUCAUUGACUCCUUGCCUGAAGAUCUGCAGGCCGUGCUGCACCACCACUGAGUGCCCUGAGGAGCUGUUGCAGAAAGAAGGGCCCUCCCAUGCUGAGAGCAGCAGCUGCGGUCACGCUUGGAAAGAAAACUUCUUCCCUGAUCCAGCCUCUGUGGCCCUGCCAGGACCUUCCUCAGGAGCGUGUUUGAUUUCUGAGCUCACGGAUCAGAACUGGAGCAGAAAUGGGAAACCACGUGUGCUGUUCUGCCUCGUCCUGCUGCAAGGAGCUGGAUUUAGGGGCCCGUAAAUGAAAAACAGUUUCCGUGGCGUGGCUGCUAAUAGGUCAGAAAACGGCAGCCAGGCUUUCAGCAGCAUGCGAUAGGCUGUGCAAAACAUGUUUUGCCCAUAUAUACACAUAUCCAUCUUUGUCUAGUGCUUGGGCUCUCAAAAUUUCAGUGCCGUCAUCCUGCCUGGAAGAAGUGGGAUCAGCGCUGUGUGGGGGAGUUGUUUUCAGGACGGCUCCUGCUGGUGAUGAGAGGGAUGCUGGGGGGAAAAGAAGUGUUGCUGCCCAUUCAACAGCCUGACUCAUAGCAGCGAGAGCUUCAGCUGUGAUGGGAGUGGGAGGCUGAAUUGCUGGACAUGGAACGUUGUUUUUUCUUCAAGGCGAAGAGAAAGAGAGAGGAAAAAAAAUGGGGCUGGUGCAUCUGCAAGGAGCAGAGCUCUCCGGAGAGGGCAGGUGUGCACUGUGUGAAUGGCAUCAGCUGGCACAGCCCUGCAGAGAGGAGCUGGUCUCCAACUGGAAUUUAUUCUGCUUGGAAAAAUCGAGUAUGGUAACAUGUAGAGUUGGAGCUGUGCCUUGGGCAGCAAGGUAUGUCUUAACACGGUCAGCCCGCUUGCUGACCUAAAACACGGUGCAGGAUCUGAUUCGGGCAGUCUCACGAUUGCUGCCACUGCAUUCCACCAUCUGCCACUUUAUCCAGCGCCCUGGUGUGCCUGCAGAACGUUUUUCAGGAUGGGCUGGGCAGCCUGAUGCACUCCUUCCCACCCCAGGAGCAGAGGUGAGCGCUCACACCGUGCAGAGCUGCUGCAGCUCUCUGUUGGCAGUGCUGAGCACUCGCGUGGAGCGAGCUGCCUCCUUCUUCAACCUCAGCCCAGAGAGUUGGGGCGAUCUCAGCAAGUGGUGGAGGUUCUGUGGGACAGCACAGAGGGGAAUAUGGCUGCUCUUCCUGCUGCCUUCAGCCUGGAAGGAGCAAAGCCUUGGCCGUGCUGCCCCCCGUAGCAUUUUGUGCCACGUUCCUUAGCAGCAGCCCUCCCUGUACAGUGUAUAUUGUGUACAUAGUUUGUGCGUGUGUUGCUGCUGUGAUAGCUCUGCAGUGACUGUGGUGGACUGAAGCACUGAUGUAUAGUAGAAAAUAAUAGUUUAAAAAAGAAUUGA